UGUUGUAUAAAUGUAUUGACCGGAGAGCCAAUGAAGACAGAACAAACAUCUAAGCAUUUUCUUCAUCUCAAAAACAGAGAAAGAAAGCUCAAACAAGAAAAUGGCAGUCUCCUUCCAUGUUCGAUCUAACAGCUACCCUUCAAGGCAACACCCUCAAGCCGCUCAUGUCGAUGAGCAAUUGACCCGAUUGAGAUCUUCUGAGACAUCUUCUUCAUCUUCUAUCUGCCAAAGACUUAGCGACCUGCAAGAUUUACAUGAUUCUCUUGAAAAGAUGAUUCGCUUAUCUGUCACCAACCAGGCUUUAUCCCAAGAUCAGAUUGAGAAGCUUCUUGGUGGAUCCAUCAAGAUCUUGGAUUUAUGCAACCUUGCCAAGGAUGGUUUGUCACAAAUGAAAGAGAGUCUCAAGGAGAUCCAGUCUAUUGUAAGAAGAAAGCGUGGAAAUCUAUCCGCUGAGGUCAAGAAAUACUUAGCCUCGAGAAAGUUUCUCAAGAAAUCAUUCCAAAAAGUACUCAAGAGUUUAAAAACCAGCCAAAACAAGAACAAUGACGCUUUGGCUGUGUUUGGAGAAGCAGAAGCCGUAACAGUUGCUUUGUUUGAGUCUCUGUUUAGCUUCAUGUCCGGAUCAAAGGCUUGUGGCAAAUGGUCAGUGGUCUCAAAGCUGGUGAGCCAGAACAAAGUAACAUGUGAAGUAGAAGUAAAUGAAUUCACAAGGGUUGAUCAUGAGUUCCAAACCGAAAAGGCGUUAAAGAUGGAGGAUGUGCAGAACUUAGAGUCAUGCAUUCAAGAUCUUGAAGAUGGAAUUGAGUCACUCUCUAAAUCAUUGAUCAAAUACAGAGUCUCAAUUCUUAACAUCUAAUAGAUCAUCGUAACAACAAAAUUUUGUACAAAUAUGAGAUGUAAAUGUUAUAGCUUACACAUAAACUAAUAGACGAGAUUCUUUCAUAUAUGAGACUACUUGCUUUCUCUUCUUAUUUACUUGAUGCUCUUCAGCAAACAAAGUCCUGAUCACCUCAGAAAAUUGGAUGGGCUAAAUCGAAUAAUCUUGUGUUAAUAAUAGGUAACCAAUAAAAUUCAAGAACCCUUCAAGCAUUGUUAUUACUUUCUUUAAUGCAUGCAUAUAAGCAGAAUCUCAUGAGGUAAAUCACCAGAGAGAGACCUGAUCUAGACAACUAACUAAAAAAACAUAAAUUAGAAAGAUAUUACAAAACAGCUUGCUUGUCUCUGGCGAUCGCAUGUUAUUAGAAGUAAAGAUGAGUUUCAGACAGAUACACAUUGGGAGCUUGAGAGCUUAUAAGACCUGGGGACUAUGGGCACAAGAACAUUGCAGCGCUCAACCUCCCCCCAGAUCUGGGGUCCAAAUUGAGGAGAGAUACGCUGCUCCAACCUAAUCACCGCACACCAAAUUAUCCUCUCUUUACUGGAAACCGGAGGAGACCACUGGUGCCAUAUAAUUAUCAGUUUCCUACCAUAGUUGACUAACUGAAUCGUACGGAAAGAGUGGUAGCCACGCUUUUCGUAUACUUCAUCCAAACCUUCCACUAUAAGCCACUUUCCAAGCCUUGAGCAAAACCACUUGUACUUUCUGCGACCAUCAGUAAACAUUACAUUUCCUAUGUAAUUGUAAUUACUAGCUAGGUUUUAGGUCUUCUAAAUAAAAGACUUUAUUACCUUGUUGAAAAAGAAAGACCUAUUUAACCGUUUCUAAAUUCUAAAAUUAAACUAACACCCUUGACCUAAACUUUUGAAUCGACCAUGUUUUAAAUAUUUUGGGUUUAACCGGUUC